ACGAGAUUGAUGGGUCUUUCUACCAAUCAUUGCUGAGGCGCGAGGAGGUUGUCGGGACGUGGGCCGCAGCCAAGAUGGAGCCCAUGGUGGGGUGAGAGUGAAAUUCCCGUUGCCGGCUGCUCCUGUUUUCCGGCCCCAGUAUGUUGGUGCACUUAUUUCGGGUCGGGAUUCGGAGUGGCCUGGUCCCAGGCAGGCCACUGCUGCCCCUCCGCUUCCACACAUUCUCGGCUGCCAGGUACUCUGACGGUCACCACAGCUCCUUCCUCCUCAGGGCUGUGGCCCAGCUGCGGUCUCAGCUCCGGGCCCACCUCCCUCGAGCCCCCCUGGCUCCCAGCCGGAGCCCCUCUACAUGGUACUGGGUUGGGGGGCCCUUGCUAGGCCCUCUGCUGCUGAGUAAACGUCCUCACCUCUGCCUUGUGGCACUGUGUGAAGCAGAAGAGGCCCCUCCUGCCCGCUCCACACCCAGUAUUGUGGAGUCCCGCUUUAACUGGAAGCUCUUCUGGCGGUUUCUGCGCCCCCACCUUCUGGUCCUGGGGGUAGCCAUUGUGCUGGCCUUGGGUGCGGCUCUGGUGAAUGUGCAGAUCCCCCUGCUCCUGGGACAGCUGGUAGAGAUCGUGGCCAAGUACACAAGGGACCAUGUGGGGAGUUUCAUGAUUGAAUCCCGGAAUAUUAGUACCCACCUGCUCAUUCUCUACAGCAUCCAGGGACUGCUGACUUUCGGGUACCUGGUGCUGCUGUCCCACAUUGGCGAGCGCAUGGCUGUGGACAUGCGAAGGGCCCUCUUCAGCUCCCUGCUCCGACAAGACAUUGCUUUCUUUGAUGCUAAAAAGACAGGGCAGCUGGUGAGCCGAUUGACAACUGAUGUGCAGGAGUUUAAGUCAUCCUUCAAGCUCGUCAUCUCCCAGGGACUGCGAAGCUGCACCCAAGUGACUGGCUGCCUGGUGUCCCUGUCCAUGCUGUCCCCACGCCUCACAUUGCUGCUGAUGGUGGCCACACCUGCCCUGAUGGGAGUUGGCACCCUGAUGGGCUCAGGUCUCCGAAAAUUAUCUCGUCAGUGUCAAGAGCAGAUUGCCAAGGCAACUGGUGUAGCAGAUGAAGCCCUAGGCAACGUCCGGACCGUGCGAGCCUUUGCCAUGGAGCAGCGGGAGGAGGAGCGCUACGGGGCAGAGCUGGAGGGGUGCCGCUGCAGAGCAGAGGAGCUAGGCCGGGGCAUAGCCUUGUUCCAGGGGCUCUCCAAUAUCGCCUUUAACUGCAUGGUCCUGGGUACCCUAUUAAUUGGGGGCUCCCUCGUGGCUGGACAGCAACUCACAGGGGGAGACCUCAUGUCCUUCCUGGUGGCCUCCCAGACAGUGCAGAGGUCCAUGGCUAAUCUCUCUAUCCUGUUUGGUCAGGUGGUGCGAGGGCUCAGUGCAGGCACCCGGGUCUUCGAGUACAUGGCCCUGAGCCCCUGCAUCCCCCUGUCUGGGGGCUGCUGCAUCCCCAGGGAGCAUCUGCGAGGCUCUGUCACAUUUCAGAAUGUCUGCUUCAGUUACCCCUGCCGCCCUGGCUUCGAGGUGCUCAGAGACUUCACCCUGACGCUGCCCCCUGGCAAGAUCGUGGCCCUCGUGGGCCAGUCUGGGGGAGGAAAGACCACAGUGGCUUCUCUGCUGGAGCGCUUCUACGACCCCACUGCGGGAGUGGUGACACUGGAUGGGCGGGACCUGCGCACCCUUGACCCCUCCUGGCUCCGUGGCCACGUCAUUGGCUUCAUCAGCCAGGAGCCAGUCCUGUUUGGAACAACCAUCAUGGAGAACAUCCGUUUUGGGAAGCCAGAAGCCUCUGAUGAAGAGGUAUAUGCAGCUGCAUGGGAAGCCAAUGCCCACGAGUUUAUCACCAACUUUCCUGAGGGCUACAACACCAUUGUUGGUGAGCGAGGUACCACCCUGUCUGGGGGCCAGAAGCAGCGCCUGGCCAUUGCCCGUGCUCUCAUCAAGCAACCCACAGUGCUGAUCCUGGAUGAGGCCACGAGUGCACUGGAUGCAGAGUCUGAACGUGUCGUGCAGGAGGCCCUAGACCGGGCCAGCACAGGCCGCACGGUACUGGUCAUUGCCCACCGGCUCAGCACUGUCCGUGCAGCCCACUGCAUCAUUGUCAUGGCCAACGGCAGUGUCUGGGAGGCUGGGACACAUGACGAGCUCUUGAAGAAAGGCGGGCUGUAUGCAGAGCUUAUCCGGAGACAGGCCCUGGAUGGGCCACUGGCAGAGGUCCCACCUCCCAAGAAGCUGGAAGGCCCCAGGGAUCGCCAGCACAAGUCCUGAGGCAUCCUCUGAGAUCUCUGCCGAACAUCAGUGCCAGAGCCAGGCUCAGCUGGGGGCAGCUCACUAGGGACUGAGCCCCUAGGAGGGCCAGUGUGCUGUGUGAUGGCCGCCAUUGCUCCCUUGCUCACAAUAAACCCUGGGCUGGAAG